UUUUGAAGAAUAGUUGGCAACCUGGUGCUUGAGUUGAGUCCGCUGCUAACAUUUAGUGCUUGUAGCUCCCAUUUUUGCUCUCAUGUUUAAUGAAAAAAUCAUGACCACAGCUCUUAUCUUGAAAAACGUGUGAAUUGGGUCACUGGUAGGUCAGGGCUUUGCAUUAUUAGCCUGGUUCAUCCUUGUUACAAGUCAGUUUCGCCACAGUGGACUUGGCUUUGUCACGUUCCUCUAGUGUCCUUUGGAAUUGGGAAAUAUUAUGUGAUCACCUCAAAUCUACUCCAUAUUUAAAGGCAUAGUUUUUUUUAGUGGUCUUCCUAUUUACUAUUUAUUAGGAACUCACACCAGCCGCCUGCAUACAUUUAAUGAUGAUGCACACCGACAAGAAGCAACAGCAAUGUUACAGCACUGUGUUUAUGUAUGCACAUGAAAGGACUCUUGCCGCAAUGUUCUCCAUCUUGUUGCGCUUGUUCGUUGACCUAGCGAUAACACCAAGCUCGACGCCAGGCUACGUUUUUGCUGUUGGUUCACAUUUUUUUUUCCAUUCAUGUGGAACCAUCUUUGGCAUGGCAGAUAAAAUAGCAAGCUUCUCUGUUUUACAGUUUGCAUACAAACAAGUUCUAAACAGAAGUGAGUUUGUUUUUGAGCAAAAUAGCAAUUUUGCAUGUCUUUGGGCUGGGAACACACUCCAGCUUGCACUCAGGCCGAGAGACAACAUGUUUGCACGUUGGCUUUCUUGGAGAGUCAGAUGGUAAUGAGUCCUCAUUGUGGCUGCUUGGCUGAAUUUUUCAUUUACUGUAUAUUUAUUGACGCUAUAACUAUUUGUCACGAGACAGCUAUAGAUAAAAACAUCUCUGUCUCUGACCUCCAGGGUGGAAUUUCACCACGGCUAUGGUGACGCAGAUGAAACGGUGUAAAAAUGUUUGUCCCUCAUGAAUCCUUAUUCAGAGUCAGUCUGAGUGUCGAGGUUAUUGUAAAGAAAAGCAUUUAUCUGAUGAUGAAUGUCUCUUGCAAACCACUCGAGUUUGGCUCAGUGAAAUAAUGGUCAUUCAAAAGAAUAAAAGAGGUCUCAUUGUCUUUGAGUAUUUUUGGCAAGAAGGGAUGAGAGAGAAGAAUUAUUCACUUCAAUAUUGGCACCAAACGCAUUGAGUCCUGAAAUAACAAUUUUAGCUACAUCAUUACUAUCAAAGGAGAUCCAGUAUGUUCAUAAUAAGCUUUGUAUGAAACAUUUGUAAAAAAAAAUAUAUGUGUAUAUAUAUAGUUUGGAUUGACGCUAAGAAGAAUUUAAGUGUUUUAUUGCCAUGGUAUUUUUCACUAAUCUAGAGCUGAACAGCUUAUAACUCUUAAAUCUUAUAUUGCAAUCAUAUACAGUUGUGCACUAACAUCAGUGUAAACCCCCCCCCCAAAAAAAAAUCUAGUUUAAUUGCUCAUAUUUAAUAGGAAACAAAAUUAUUAUUUUAUUACACUCUCAUGGAAGUCUUAGGACAAAGCCCCAGCCAGCCAGCUCAACGUCUGUGGUCCCAGCAACCCUCUAACUAGAAGAAAAGUCUUUAAUGAUUGUGGGUACAUCAUCUUGCUGAACUCUUUCUCAAAGGUCAAGCGCCCUAAGUGAUGCAAAAAAUGAAACAUUUAGCUGACUAAAGCAGUUGAAUAAGCAGAAGAGAUUCUGCAUGAAAACUUUCCUUCGUGGCUGACCAGUUUCUUGUUAUCUGAAGCAAUAUUGCAUUUUUUAAUUUUUUCAACAAAUGGGUUUUACUCAAAGUGGUUAAAAGAGUUGAUAUAUUUGUUUUUAAGUUUCAUUUUUUUCUAUUUUCAACACAACAGAACAUGUAAGGAUGGACCUAGCGGAUUGAUUUGUUUAAAAAAAAAAAAACUUUAACGGCAACAAUAUGAUGUAGCCACUUUUCUUACUAACAACUGCAGUGAUGUGACUCAACUUUUAGUUUUGGAAAAUCUACUGAAAUACAAUUGAUUCUGAACUGACACUGACUCUUUUUUUUCCUACCAUGCUGACCUCCCCCCGGUGUGUUGACGUCGACACUUGGCCAAUGCGGACACACAACUUUCAUCACUAGCCAUCCUGCAGGUUUCCAUAUCCUUGAACAAGGUGGAGUUAAGUGUCGGAGAGUCCAAGUUCUUCAUCUGCACAGCGAUUGGCGAGCCGGUGAGGCUGGAGUGGUUCAAUCCUCAAGGCGAGCGCAUUGUGGCAUCCAAGCGGAUGGCGCUCCACACGGAGACGUCACGAUCCCGGCUCAUCAUCUACAACGCCAUUGUCGAGGACGCUGGCAUCUACCGCUGCCAGGCCACUGAAGCCGGUGGCCACACGGCAGAGGCCUCAGUGGUGCUGGAGAUCUACCAGAGGCUGACUUUUCGAGAUGUCCAAUCGCCGCAGGAAUUCCGCUAUGGCGAGACGGCAGAGGUGGUUUGCGAUGUGAUUAGCUCGCCGGUGCCAGAGGUCGUGUGGACCUACCAGGGCAGGGAGAUCACUGAGGAGCACCACAGCAGGUACAAGGUGUUGACAAACAACAGCCUGCAGAUCCUCCACGUGACCAAGGCGGAUGAGGGCGUGUACCGCUGCGAGGCCAGCGUGGAGGCUCGUGGAGAGAUCGACUUUGUGGAUAUCGCCGUGGUGGUCAACGUCCCGCCAGUUCUUUCAGUUCCCCAGCAGUCAUUCAACGCCACCGCUGACUACCAGGAGUCCGUCACCUUUACCUGUAUCACUUCUGGAUCUCCAGACCCUCUAGUAACGUGGCACAGGAGAGGCCAGCGGUUGGAGCCAUCGGAUCAGUACAUUGUGAGUCAACUGGAAGGGGGGCGGAGCAUGCUCACCAUCCGCAACAUCCGUCAAGGGGAUGGGGGCUUCUACUACUGCAAGGCCACCAACAAAGCGGGUUCUCAGGAGAGGGAGCUCUUUCUCAAAGUGUUCGUCCAACCCCACAUCACACAGCUGAAGAAUGUGACGGCGGUGGAGGGCAACGCCGCCAUGAUCUCCUGCAUCGCUGAGGGCGAGCCGCUGCCGGACAUCUCCUGGAGACGAGCCAGCGACGGGCGGACCUUUGUGGACGGAGACAAGAGCCAGGACGGUCGCUUUGAAGUGCGGGGUCACCACGGCAAGUCAGCGCUGACCAUCAGCAGCGUUCGGCUUACUGACCUGGGCCGCUUUGACUGUGAGGCACUCAGUAGGAUCGGAGGCCAUCAGAAGAGCAUGUUUCUGGAUAUUGAGUACAUACCAAAGUUCUUGAGCAACCACACCAUCUUCUAUUCGUGGGAGGGGAACCCAGUCAACAUCAGCUGUGACGUCAUGUCCAACCCGCCCGCCACUUUACUGUGGAGGAGGGAGCACUUCACCAUCUCUGCGCAGGAGACCACCAAUACGCGGGUGCACAACACCGUGGGGAAGUCCGUACUGGAGGUUACACCGAUGUCCGACAGGGACUUUGGUCGCUACAACUGUACUGCCCGCAAUAACAUUGGCCUUCGAUACCAGGAAUUCAUUCUGGCCCAGGCAGAUGUGCCGUCCAAUCCAUACUUGGUACGCCUGUCGGCCGUCUCCCAGCGUUUGGCUACUGUCACCUUCAUGAAGCCGGACUCUCACGGUGGCGUGCCUAUUGGCUAUUACCUGGUCCAGUACAAGGAGGCAGGCCCACAGGACUGGAGGGACGUCAGAUCACAUAAUGUGCAGACAACGGUGGCACUCAGCGGCCUGGAGCCCAACACAACAUACGAGGUCCGAGUGGCGGCCGUCAACGGGAAGGGUCAGGGUGACUUCAGUCACAUGGAGACUUUCCAGACCUUACCCAUCCGAGAACCAAGCCCACCGGCAGUCCACGGUCAGAGAGGAAUGGGGAAAGCCUACAAGCUGGGGCUGGUUAAACAGGAUGACGGAGGGAUGCCCAUCGUGGAAUAUAUUGUCAAGUACAAGACAGACAAGGAGGAGCAAUGGAUGACAAAGCUCGUUCCAGGCUCCAAUGACUUUGCGACUCUGCAGCCACUGCAGUGGAACACCCGAUACGAAGUGGAGAUAACAGCCCGAAACGUGAAAGGACUGUCAGAGCCCACCUUCUACCAGUUCUUCAUGCCACAGAAACCAGACAUCACAGCAGAAUCUCUGUUCAGCGGCCUGGGCCUGGGCGCGGUGGUGGGCCUCGGCCUCGGGGCGCUGCUCUUGCUGUUGGUUCUGGUGGACGUCAGCUGCUUCUUCGUGCGACGUUGCGGCCUGCUGAUGUGUAUCACACGCGCUCUGUGCAGCAAGAAGACGGUCACCGGCGGCAAAGGCAAAGAAAUGGAGGAGGGCAAGGCCGCCUACCUGAAACUGCCGCUGAAGGAAGAAAAUGGCAAAGAGUCUCUCAGGCCGGAUACGAUUGAAAUCAAAUUCCACGGUGACCGCAGCAUCCACGCCAACCCGGACGACAGCAAAGCAUGAAAGGGGGCGCCCCUCUCGCACACGCGAGAACAUUCGGAUCACGAGACCAAAACUCAGCGAAGCUACAGAACUGCAUCGUAGUCAAGAAAUAAAUGUGCGUCAAUGAGAGGCGUGUGUAAAUACAAAAUUUAGAUUGACGCGUGGGUGCGUGGCUGCUGACAUGACAUCAGUGCAAAAUGAUUGUAUAUUUUUUGUUUUGUUGUGUAUUGUUAUGAUUCACAUGAUGCAUUUGUUUUUUUGUUUUUUUUUUUUUUUUUUGGGGGGGGGGGUGUUGCCCUCCGACCGCCUCCUGUGGGUUGUUCCAUAAAAUUCACAACCCAGUCCGCUGACCUCUCACAAUCCCACACUUGAGGGCAAUUCUAGCAAAAGAUGCUCACAGCACUAACACACACUACGUCCAUGAUGUCAGCCUCUUUCUUUGCAAGAUUAAGCUUCAGUAAAGUGAAAAAGUCUGUGAAAUGGGGGGAAUAAUACUGUUAUUCUGUGUUGCCAGGAAAAAAAAAUACUUAAUGGCAAAAAAAAAAGACAAAAACAAAAAUAUGUGGUGGCAAAUGGCGUAUGUGGGUUGAUUCGUUUUCUAAAAGUCUUUAUUGUUGCCACUGUUGCCAUCGCUCACCAUCCAACUGGAUGUUCUAUUUUUUUGUUUUUGUCAGUCCCCUCCAGUGAGCGUGAACGGUGAAUGUUUUGAUCUUUCAAAGAAGUUUAUUGCAAGAAGAGAAAUACAAGGAAUCAAGGAAUCGAGACACAAGUCAACAUUUACUUUGAUGUCUUUGCGCUCUCUGCCUCUGAUGUCUCCUCAAAGUCUUUUUUUUUCCUUUGUUGGUCUGCUCGCUGACAUUGUCACGUGUUGUACAUAGGUGGGAAAAAAUAUUUCAGAGAGCUUUUAUGUAAAUACACCAUAAAGGAUGUGAGUUUUUUUCAAAAGGCAGUUUCUUCUUUGGUUAUGUUGUAUUUGGUUCAAAGCUUAGUGCUGGUCAAACCUUUGACCCCAAAUGAUUUCAUAUCAGUGGAGGAAGUAACAUAAUCUGCCCCUGUUCUGUAGCAGCAGUGCACACUUCUGAAACACGUCUAUAGACUGUUUUCGACCACGUGACUACAUCCGGGGCACCUGGCCGUGUUGGAUGGGUUCACUAUCCUGACGCGCAGUUCACUCUAAUGCUUUUGCAUAUAGACCGGAGUUACACAAAUGUUCGUAUGACUGUUAAAAGUGAUGCAUGAUGGCUAAAAACACUUGGAAAAUUUAUCGGUGCUCAUUAGAUGUUGUUUCAAGAAACCGUUACGAAUAAAAGUGUGCUUUGAUCGACAAUAUCGACCCGCCUUGGAGAAACACAAAUGGAGCACACAACUGUGGCUGUCAGUAACCGAUCCGGACAUCGUCCACUAUCUCCUCUUCUCGACAAGCGCUUAUACCGUGGACCAACUAAAGAAUUACGAAGCUCUGGAGGCCUACAACCAAUUCAUCAAUGUCUGGGUUCGUGAUGCGGUGGUAUCCAUUGUAAGCACACUGCUAAGGUUAGUGUACCGCACAAUGUAAUUUAAAUAUGUACCGCAUGAUUAUAGUCAGCGUUGUGUUAAAUUAUGUUGAUUAUACUUACGAAAGAGUUGUAGAUUAUUAUUUUUGUUUUUGUUACCGAGAAGGAGAGAGAGAGAGAGAGAGAGAGAGAGAGAGAGAGAGAGAGGUUCGACCGGGAAAAGUCUCAAGUGGAGCCCGCACCUUUUUCUCCACUUCCACAGUUACAUUUUUAACUCAACUCGCGAAACAGCUAGCAGUGCGGUAACCCGUUUUUGCAAACUUAUAAUAAAACGGAAAAUACAGAUUUUGGAGACAUGCAUCGCAUUCACACACGAGUAUUGUGCUUAGCUGCUAGAUCGGCUCUGCUCAUACUAGACAGCCACAGUUGUCAUUAUUCGGUUGCUAACUGCUCCAUUUUCUCGCAGUGGUUCUUGAUCACAGCUGGCAGUCGAAAGAAAGACGCUUUACAACACCCGUUUGAGCAAUCAAUAACAUAGCAGUGUGCCCCCAUUCAUACACCUUUCUGAAAUGAUUCCUGCUUAGUUACGUGUCUUUACGUGAAUUCACCAAACCAAGAUGGCGCCCGUGUUCUAAAUCAGAAGGUGUGUGACGUCAGUCGAAAACAGUCUAUACUGCUUUUUUUUUUUUGGGGGGGGGGGGUUUGGGCCACAGAAUGUGUUUGAAGGUUGAAUGUUUUUGUCCUGCUGUGAACUGUGGAAAAUGUAGUCAACACUGAACAAAACAUUGGUACAACUGCAGGCUGACUAAUGCUGCAAGACGAGGUGUUUCAGAAAGUUGAUAUAUUUCAUACCCAAACUACAAGUUUUCCCAUAGGAAGUGGCUCCGUUGUAGUCUAAAUCCACUUUCCCAGCCUUCUGUGGCAUACCGUCAUGUACAGGAUUCCUGAUGCUUUCAUCGUCACGGCCAUCGGUAUGUCGUUCGAGUCUUCGAAAGGGGUCCCCUUGGAGACCCCAUUCAGGGGAUUGUGAGCAGACGCAUUGUCAUGACAAAGUAGCCACUGUUUCGCUCCACCUUACCCGCUGAAGGUAGAAAAUCUUUUUUUUUGUAGACAUACAGGUUGUCGUCUGUCCCAUAUAAAAGGGAAAAACUCCUAGUUUGGGUAAUCUUGGAACUUCUCUGAUAAAUCUCGCAGCGCUUCAAUGAUGUAAUUUAUGAUGUAAUGUAUUUUUGAGCGUGAAGCAGCAGAUGAAUAAUCCCCAUGCACCAGGUUGCAUGUUUAUCUUUUGGCUGCAUCUGCAUGGCCUUUUGUCCAAAGGCAGUGCCUCCAAUUUGAAAAGCGCAUUCAUCACUGGCAACACUGAUUUGACUUUUUCUGUUUUUAUUUGACGCAGCACGAGGUGAUAACGACCUCCCAUGAAUGUGAGUUGCUAAUUAUGCACUUGUGGACAGUGAUUGAGUUCCCCAAUCUGCAGCGAUUAAGUGACUGCUCGCUCAACUCCUGCCGCCACCGGCCACCUCCCGGACGUUUAAUUUUGUUGUUGUUUUUGUUUUUAUGUGCGUGGGACCAGUAAGCCCAUGCACCUUCUGUCCAUCAUAAGGGACAGUCCACAGUCCGCGGUCCCUGUUGUGGUUCCAAUGCCAAUCGUGCUGACUGUAAAUGGGGGUGCGCAGUGCCCGGGUGGCGUUCCGAUUUGUACGUUCUUUUGUAUUUGAGGUCGAAGCCUACUCUCUUCGUUCCUCCUCUGUCCAGUCCACUGUGUCCUCUCUUAUAGGGGGUCAAAUGGGUGUGUGUGAUCUCAGUGUGCAGUGCGUGUCCUCUUGGUUCCCAAAUCCUUCACACCCAUUUGGACCUCCUUCCCUGCUGAGUGUACUUUGUGCAGGAAGUGGGAAUAUUGAUGUCUCUGUGUAUGUACCUGUGCAACACUUGUGACUCCUGUCAUUUGCCACUGUAAAUAAACAUUUCCUGGUAGAAGA